CGUCGGUUUCCACCAUUUUAGCUGCGGUUCUCGUACGUGCGUCUUUGCUUCCCGUAGUCGAAUUUUCGUCGUGCCGUUUCGUUUGGCCCGUUUCCAUUCACCAUCGUUAAACGCAAACCGUUGACCGUAAAGCGCGAGAAGAGCCGUUCCUCGUCUUGCACGUUCCAAGUUCAAACGUCUUCGCCGCAACAGUCCACGGACACCUAAAAAUGUCAUAUAAUCGUCGAAGUGGUGGUUAUGGAGGAGGAAAUAGUGGAAACUAUGGAAAUUCCUAUGGUCAAAGUGGAGGCAAUAAUUUCAGUGGCCCUGGCAACUAUGGAAGUGGUGGUGGCGGUGGCAAUUAUAAUGCUGGUGGUGGCGGUGGCGGCCGUUUCAACAAUUACAAUAAUUAUGGUAGAAAUCCAAAGAUGAGCCCUUGGGAAUCAGGUGUUUCUCCUGGAGGUGGAAUGAUGCCCAAUGUUCAUCCUAAUCAAAUGGCUCUUGCUAGCGAUCUUUUAUCAAAGCUUUUAGCUCCUAAUCAGGGUGGAUAUGGAGGUGGCCAAAAUUGGGGUCCAAAUCCUGGAAUGAUAAGAAGACAGGAAUCGUUUAAGAACCAAAACCGGCGCAGGCCUGAUAAUCGCAAUCGUAGACCUCCUCCAAAAAAGGACGAUAAGAAAAAGGAUUCUAAACCUGAAGCGGAUAAAAAUGACAAGAGUAAGGAAACAAAUGGUGUCAAGAAAGAUACAGCUGAACAAGAACAUGUGGAUUAUGAUGGUAUUCCAACUGCUGUGUUAUUUUGUCACGUUUGUCAAAAGCACAUGUGGGAUGGUGCUUCAUUUGAAAAACAUGUCCGUGGUCGUCCACAUGAAUUAAUGAUGACAUACUUGGAUGAAGGAUACAAAAUGCAAGUUGAGUUAAUGCGUCAUCAAAUAAAAGCUGCUGAAAAUCAAAGAGAAAUUGAUCUAGAACGCAUGCAAGCUCAAAAUAAGGGCAAAGCAAAACCAUUGUUCCGUAACUACUGCCCUAUGUGCAAUAUCAAUUUUUAUGGACCAUUGACUGGACAUCGUAAGAGUGAUCGUCAUCGUAAAUUGAAACAAUUUCUUCAUCCGGAAUGCAAAAUGUGUGAUACAUUGUUCCAUACUCGUUUGGAAUGGGAUGAUCAUAAAUUGUCUGCAGAUCAUUUGCGUAAAGUAGGAGAACAGCGACGUCAAUUCAAUCCUGAUCUUAAAGACGAUGAAUUUGAAUUGCUUGAUGUCAUUGUUAUUGAAGAUUCAGAACCAGCUGAAGUAAUACCUGUAGCAUCAAAACCAGAUAUGCUUAAUGAUAAAGAAAUAAAAGAAGAAGAAGAUGAUGAUGACAAAGAUGAACAAGCUAUUACUAAAGAAACUGGAGAUAAUGAAGAUACAAAAAUGGAAACUGACAAUGAAGUUGACAAAGAAGAAAAACAAACUAAUGAUAAAGAAGAAAAUGAUGUUAAAGAUGAGACUACUGCUGGGAAAGAAGAUAUUACUACCAAUGUUUCUACAACAGAAGAAACAACAGUGGUUAAGAAGGAAAAAGAGGAAAAAUAUAAUCCUGCUAAUGUGGUUGGUCGUGAACUUGUUGUAAAAACCGAAGGGCACGUGUGUCGUAUAUGUGCAAUGUUUAUGAAGAAUGAUGAAGAAGCUGAGUUGCAUUGUCAGACAGCUUCACAUUAUAUUAACUUAACUUCUAUUACAAAAUUACAUGCUAAAAUAAACAAUCGUAAGCGUAAAAUGAAAGAAGACAAAAAAGAAAAUGGUAAUGAUGAUGUGAACACAGAGAACACUGAAGGUGAACAGCCUGAGAAAAGAGUGUGUUUGAACGAACCAGAAAAUAAUAAACCUGUAGCUGAACAAAAUGGUACAGAAGAAUCAGAAACUGUAAAUGAAGCAGAUAAUGAUAAUGAGGAUGAGGAUGUUCAAGAGAUUAAAGUUGAUAUACCUGUAAUUGAUGUGGCUGAUGAUGAGGUUGCAGUUCAAGCUGAAGAAACAGAAGUUGCAGAUCCAGAACCGGCUAAAGAAACUCAAUCUCCUACUUCCGCAACUAAAACUACUCCAACACGUGGUAGAGGAGGUGGUCGUGGACGUGGAGUAGCUAGAAGAGGAAGAUCAAGUCGUUAAGAUCACUAAAUUUAUAACUUGUGAAUUUCAACAAGAUUCUAUACAUUUUCAUUAUCACUAUUAAUUAGAGUAUCCCAUAAUUUUUCA